AUGCCUCUGCAUGACAGGAUCAUACUGUAUCUGGAGAAGGCAGGUCUGUACCACCUGGCGAGGCUCAACACGAGGUGGUUCUGGUUGGAUGAACCCCUCGUCAGCGCAUUAAUUGAGAGGUGGCGUCCUGAGAUGCACACCUUUCAUAUGCCAUUUGGGGAGUGCAUCAUCGCGCUGCAGGAUGUUGCAUACCAGCUGCGGUUUCCCGUGGAUGGUUUACUUGUAUCCGGUUGCCUGACAGAUUUUGAGAAGCUGACGGAGGAUGGCCGACCCGCUUGGGAGUGGUUUCAAGAACUCUUUGGCGAGCUUCCCCCACCGAAUAAGGUGAAGCAGUUUACGUUGUUCGGUGAUAAGAGUGGAAAUCGGGUUCAUAUUUGGUGGUUGCCCUUUGUGGUGAGACUUGAUGACAUGGGCAGUUACAGUUGGGCUUCGCACCUUUAUCGUAACCGCUUCAUCUGCCCUCACCAAUGGAAAUAUCCUGGCACAAAUGACAUGGUGAUCAAGUUGUCGAUGGUCGCUGGAAAUCGACGUCGCCAAGCAAGUGUGAGGUCUGUUGUACCUUCUAACCUCCUAAGUACCCUUAGGCUGUCGAAGUGUGAUGCGAAUCAACCACGUGCAGCCAUUCCCAAACUCUUUGCAUCCCCUAUGAAACUUUAG